UGCAGGCCUUUGUUCGAUAGCGGGAGCUACAACGAAUUGCGCAGAAAUCAUCGCACAUCAGGAAAACUGGAGCAGGCAAAAGUGUAUACCUCGAGGCAUCCAGCUGCAUGUUCCAAAGCUCGAACAGCAAGGCCUACACACCGGGCGCAUUCAGGCAUUCGGGCAUGCGAUCUCGGCCAUGGCAAGAGUGGUGCGGCACAUCAUUCCGGCGGACAACUCCUGCCUCUUCAACUCCGUGGCCUAUGCCAUGGGAGAUUCCAGCGGAGAGCUUCGGGAUAUGGUGGCGGCGGUAGUGAUCUCUUCGCCGGAUGUGUGGACCGAAGCGAUGCUGGGAAAGGACCCGGAGGCCUAUGCGGACUGGAUCAUGGACAGCGAGCACUGGGGCGGCGGCAUUGAGCUCGCCAUCUUGGCGGAGCACUUCCAGACGGAGCUCGCAGCCUUCGACAUUCAGUCGCUGCGGGUGGACAUCUUUGGACAGGGCAGUAACUUCAAAAAGCGAGCUCUGCUCAUCUACGAUGGCAUCCAUUACGACGUGCUCGUCAGGCGAGUUGGUUCAGAUCAACAGUCUGAUGUCACACUCUUCGAGCCGAGUGACGAAGCGGUGAUGGAAGAGGCCAUGCAGGUUGCCAAGGAGGCGAAUGCAGCGCGCAGCUUCACCGACACGGGCAACUUCACGUUGCGGUGCACCAGCUGUCAGAAGGGCCUCACGGGCCAAGAAGAUGCCGUGGAACAUGCCAAGGCUACCGGACAUACAAACUUUGCGGAGUACUAGCCUGCCGCUGGUUCCGCUGGCGGAAAAUCGGGAAAGUGCAGAUGUUUGGUUCUGAUUGUUCAUUCAUAGGGAGACGGAUCACAGAGAAGUUCUGCACCCCAAUCAAAAUCCAUGAGGUUCAACGAAGUUUGUGAGGCUCUCGGCAUGCGGUUCCUUUGAGCCUUCUUGUGGUUGCUUGAAAGGGAAUCUAAAGGAAAGCGCAGCCAUCUUGGAGGGUUGCCCCAAUGGGAG